AUGGCUCACACAAACGGGUUGUCAAACACCAGUGAGGCUAGCAACCAUACACUACUCGACGCCUUACGGAAUGGCGGUCAAGUUGAAUCGCUUAUCGCAGAGAGACCGGUAGACAGUGCCAGGCCGCUCAAGGUGCGCAUCGCAGGCGCGGGCGUCUCUGGCAUUAUCGCGGCCAUCAAGCUCCAGCAGGUGGUGCGAGACGUCGACAUCGAACUGUACGACAAGAAUGAAGAUGUCGGCGGCACAUGGCUCGAGAAUCGCUACCCCGGUUGUGCGUGCGACAUCCCCGCCCACACGUACCAGCUUUCAUGGGAGUCCAAUGUGGAAUGGUCGCAGUUCUACGCCUCGCAGGCCGAGAUCCUCAAAUACUGGCAGCGAGUAGCCGAGAAGUACGAUCUCCGCCGGUUGAUCAAGUUUUCCCACAGAGUGAUCGAAGGCCGCUGGCACGAAGAUGAAGCCAGAUGGGAGUUGAAAAUUGAGGAUCUUGCCGGCAGAUCCAUCAUCACGGAAUCAUGCGACGUCUUCAUCACGGCCAUUGGGCUCUUGAAUCAGUGGGAGUGGCCUUCCGUGCCGGGCUUGCACAGCUUUGAAGGCAAGCUGAUGCACAGCGCGGACUGGGAUGAGGGCUACGAUUUCAAGGACAAAAGCAUUGCAGUCAUUGGCGCCGGAUCGUCCGGCAUCCAGAUUGUCCCUAGCCUUCAGCCUCUGGUGAAGCGUUUGGAUCACUAUGUCCGAGGCAAGACAUGGAUUGCCACGCCCAUGGCUGCGCAGGAGCUCGAGAAGCGAGACGCAACGGACAGCAGCAACUUCUCGUACAGCCCGAACGAGAUUGCCGCCUGGAAGAGCGAUCCGGCAUCGUACCUCGCGUACCGCAAACAAGUCGAGCAGACUGUGCAAAGUGACCACGAGAUCACUCUGCGAGGCAGUCCGAUGCAGAAGAUGGCCCGCAGCUACUUCGAAUCGCUGAUGACCCAGCGGCUAGCCAAGAAGCCCGAAAUCCUGCAGCACAUCCUCCCGGGGUUUUCGCCGCUGUGUAAACGACUCACGCCCGGCCCGGGAUACCUCGAGGCCCUGACGCAGGACAACGUGGCCGUCAUCCCGACCAAGAUCGAGCAAGUCACCAGGACGGGCAUCAUGACCGUCGACGGCACGCACCGUGACGUGGACGCCAUCAUCUGCGCGACGGGCUUCAACACGCAUUUCACGAACCGGUUCCCAAUCUACGGCCUCGACGGCCAAGUCCUGUUCGAGGAGCGCGCAGACGGCGGCCCAAAGACAUCCACCUAUCUCUCCAUGAUGGUCGACACGCACCCGAACUUCUUCAUGCUGCUGGGGCCCAACUCAGGUGUGGGCGCAGGCAAUUUACUCAUCAUCAUCGAACGGCUGGUCGACUAUGCCGUGAAGAUGCUGGCCAAGAUGCAGAUCGAGAACAUCCGCACCGUCCGGCCUCUCCGGAAGGUAGUAAACGAGUUCACGCGGUUCACGGACGAGUUCCACCAGCGGACGGUCUACAGCGAGGAAUGUUCGUCCUGGUACAAGACUGAUGGCAGAGUGACUGCGUUGUGGCCGGGCUCGAGCUUGCACGCGAUCAAGGCCCUCGAGAGUCCACGGUGGGAGGACUUUGAAUACGCCUACGUCGACGACAAGCCGAUGGGGUGGUUGGGUAAUGGCUCUGCACUGGCGGAUCAUGAUCCGAACGCAGACAAGGCGUACUAUCUGACUUCGACGACGUUGCUGUCAUGA